CACCACCGCUGGCUCACAGUCCUCUUCCUCUCUGCUUCCAAACACCUCCUCAACAGUGCCAAAACAUCUCUCCAAACAGUGCCAGUGCCUGCUGCGUGUGUGUGAACUGCUGCCCGAGUGAAUGGUGCCAAGAAAGAGUGAAGUGAGUGCCUCUGAGUGCCAAUACAAGAUGUUGCGUGUGUUGUGUGUGUUGAGUGUGUUACUAAUCGUCUUGUGUGUUGACGCCGCGGUGGGGAGGCGAAGAGAGGCACUGGAACCUUACAGACACCCGACCUACGACAACAACAACAACAACAACAACAACAACAACAACAACAACAACAACAACAACAACAACAACAACAACAACAACAACAACCAAUACAGCACCACCACCACCAACAGCAACAUCAAUAAUAACAACAACCAGAACAACAACCAAUACAGAACCAACAACAACAUCAAAAACAACAACAACAACAAAAACCAGGACCAAUACAACACUAACAGCAACCAAAACAACAACAACAACAACAACAGCCCAUCAACAACCCACCCAAACUCACAACCACAACCACCAUACAACCAACAACAGGCGGACUUCAGCGAUCGGAUGGGACACUACAACCACAAGAACCAGGACAACAACCACCCCUUCCACCACUAUCCAGACAACCACAACCACUACAACAACCGCCGCUACCACCAUCUUGAGGAUAUAUACAAGAGGCUAAGUUUCCACAAGGGCGAGAAAGCAAGUUUUUGGGAAUGGAUUUUCGGCCUAAGCGACUCCAGUGACCUUGAUGAUGACCUGACCCACCUCCAUCACCUCACUAGGAAGUUUGGCAUCUUUGACCUUCUGCCUUACUCCCUAAAGAUGACCCGCGGUGACUUGGACAGGGCCGGCAGCUCCUACGUUUCCUACUCCCAAGAAAAGGACUACAAGGACCACAACCCGAAGAACUUUCCCGGCAUCGACCUCUACAGCCUCUGCGCCGUCUUCCUCUUCGCCGCCACCCUCACCUACACCAUCUUCUUCCUCACGCAGCAGGGGCAGGAGGGAGGAGGGGGGGUUGGACCUAUUCCAUCAAUUGUAUACAUGUCUUAG